AUGUUAAUACCUAUAAAUCCUUCUAAAGCAGAAAAACAUACAAAAACCUUGUUGGUUUCAUAACCCAUUCUCUUUCAAUCGAAGGGAGCAAGCAGAAGUGACUUAAUGUUGGAUCAAAUACACAACUCAACAAAGACAAGUACUUUUAGAUCCAAUGAAACUGGCAACUUUUAUCAGACUCAAUAUGGAUUAGGAGAUAAGACUAAAUAAUUUAUUUAAAAUCAAGAACAAAUGCAGCAGCAGAAUAACUGUAAAAGAGUGUUGAAAUAAGGUGUUGAUACAUUUGCUUUAACGCAGUCAACAAUGAAUAUUUUUGAGGGUAAAAUAAUACGUGAAUUGUAGAGGCAAAUAAUGAAGAGAGGAAAAAGUAUAUAGAUUAUACAGGAGGUCCAUAAUUUGAGAAGGAUAAAUCGGAUAAGGUGAUCAAAUAUUCAGUUGUUGGAUAUAAUUAGUUUCUUAAAAUUCAUUAAGAAAAACAAAGACAAUCUCAGAGAAUAAAGAAAAAUUAAUAAAAUCCAAAUCAAAUGACAACAGAUGAUUCAUUAUUUGAUGAACAGCCUCCAACCAGAACCAAUCAAUAAGCAUAAUCAAUUAUUUUAGAUAAAUAAUAAGCUCGGAAAACGCCAAAAAAGAAUAAAGUUGAUUAACAAUAUUUAAGCAAAAGAGAUUUGAAUAAAAUAGUUAAGGAUGCUGAAAAACACAUCUAAGAAGCUUAAAUCGAGAGGGAGAAGGCUGAGGAGAAACUACCUUUUCAUUUAAGAAAUGCAAUUUCGAGGGAAGAAAGAGCAAUGAAAAAGUUUGAAAAUGUGAAGAACUAGUGGGAGAAUGUUAAUAUUUAAGUGGCUUCUAAUUGUUAAAGGGAACCAGAAUAAACAAUUAUGAGUAGGGCAGACCAAUUCAGGGAAAGAAACUAAAAGAUCUAAGCAAUCGAACUUAGUAAAGGUGAAGAAGAAAAGAACAGCAGUAGAUAUUGGUAUCUAAGAUUAAGAUGGUAUGAUCACAAAGAUGAUAGACCCUAAUUUACUUUACUCACAUAAACAAAUAAAUCAAAAAGCUGCUAGCAGUUUGAAAAUAGGUUAAUGAAUCGCUUUUUAUCGGAUUUCGAUGCUGAGAGACUUGCACAAUAAUAAUAAUUUGUGUUAUCUGAUAUUUAAGCCAAUUUUAAUACAAAACUUAUUGAUAACCCAUUUAAAUAGUUGGAAACCGUCAUUUCGGAAAAAAGUAAAUAAAUAUGCUUUUAUUUAUUAUAGAGCUAAUCGAAAAUGAGGCCACUUAAUCUCCACAAUCAAGAUUAUAUACAAACAAACUUAUGACAUUAUACAAUCAAAAAUUGUAGGAUAAAUUUAAGAAAAAAUUUGUUGAUUGCAAGAAUUUUCUCUUCUUAACAGGGCAAAGUCAAAAAGAUAGGGAGCAAAUGAUGUUAAAUAGAGAAACAGGGAAAUAGUUUAAGAUGGCUGAAAUUCCAAAUGAAGAGCCUGAAGUUAUUGUUAAUACUUGGAAUAGAAAGAAUUUAGCAAAAUCUGGAGAACAUAUUUUAAUCUGAU